AUGCUGUUCACUGCGUUGCGUGACACUAAAACUAUUUAUGCGGUGAUGGCAAGGCAGGAGGCGACUGAAUGGCUCAUGAAGAGGAUGAAGAAGUGUAAUGGUAAGUGGACCUUCACCCUUUCAGACGAAGGUUCAGUCAGCAAAGACAGGAAGAAGAUUGACACAGAAAGGUUCAGUGCAGGACACCGCAGUGUACCAAGAUUCAUUGCGGUUCAGAAGGCUGGUGGGGAAGCUGGCCUAAAGCAAGCAAUUGCUGCUGGCGAGAUUGUUCCUGUCAAAGGCCACUCCGGCAAAACUCUCUACCGAUGGGAAGAGGAGAGUUCCUCGAAAGGUGGACAGCUAGAGACAAUGACGUCCCUGCACACAAGUGAUGUUUGCGAUGGGCUGGUGAUGGAUCAGCUUUGGGGAGCUUUGGAUUUCGCUGUCUUCGCACCCGAGACGCCUUCUUUCUCCCAGCCUUCGAAUCCCGGUCAACUGACGCUGCCUCCAAUGAAUCCUGGAGGAAUGAGUUUCGGUGGUGCUGGAUGUGGUGCUGGAAUGAUGGGUGGUUCUGGACUGAUGGGUGGUUCUGGAAUGAUGGGUGGUUCUGGAAUGAUGGGUGGUGCUGGAAUGAUGGGUGGUGCUGGAAGUGGUGCUAUGUCAACGGAUGUAGUGCUGGAAUUGCCGCCGCAAUAUUGGCAGAAACUCGACGAGGCGUUGACUGUGGCCCAGGGUAGCUUGGCCGAAGCGGCCGCUGUGAUUCAGACAUUGAGCGGUAGGGCGCCUGGCAGCAAGCUGGCGAAUGAUAUGCUCCAAAAGUUGAACAUGGCCUAUGGAGCAGUCACUGAAUCCGUGAGUGUUAUGACGCAGAUAAAGGUGACGAAGCGCGGUCCAGGCAACAUGCCCCUGACACCGCCAAAUGCGAAGCAAAUGCUCCAGAAGCUGUUCGUGCAGUUGAAAGAUCUGCAUGAAUGCUGCAACGUCGGAAAAGCCGUCGGACGUUCUUGA